AUGGCGCGACGGUACGAGAUCGAUGAGCUGUUAUGGCUGCGCUCAUCGCCUCUUGUCGCAAAACCUUCUGGCCUACCUCCCAUCGAAGAAUGGAUGCCUCAACCCGACCCAACCACACAGCGCAAACAACAGAAUACUCGAGACCCCAAUAACCCCAAUGAAGCACCUACAAACAGACGACCAAGCUUUUUUGAAGCUCGUCACAUCUCCCGAGGCUCCAAUUCAGAAGAUAUAAUUCUUGGCCCACCGAAAACUGCCUUUGCAUCCUCACGAAUUGGCGGCAAAGGUUCCUUUGACCUAACAGAUCGGCCAGCGCGGCCAGGCGACGCAGAUGAAAAGAACGAUCGUUUCAAUUUCCGAGAUAGAUUCUUCAAGGAUAAGGAUGCUACGGAGAGAGACGUUGAUCGACGUGCUGUGAAGCCAGGUCUAAACGGCCAGCGAGGAGACAAGGAAGAUUGGAAUGCUGGACGCCCUCGUCGUACCUUCGGCCCCGAAGACCAAGAUCGCAAGCCGCGACGAAACGGCGAAUUCGAUCGAUGGGAAAACCGCGAAAAUCCCCGAGACACAAAUACGGAACGUGGCCUCCGAGAUAAAGAAGGACGCUUCGUAAAGAAGGAUGGUACCCCAGGACGAUCGAAAUACGAAGCAAGCUGGUUCCGUGAUGAGCAUGGCAACGAUGCCGCUGACCCCGACGAUGAUAAACCUGCUCUACGUAACCGAGAAUGGCGCCGUGAUCGUCAUGGGGUUGACCGCGAUUGGCAACGCGGGGCUAAGAUUGAACAGGAGCCCGAAUGGUUGGAUAGCCAUGAUCAUGACGAACCGCGCCGAGCCCACACACAGGAAGAUUUUGAGCGCUGGAAAGAGCGGAUGAAGGCUGGUUCUGGUGCUGCGCAGCAGGCUCCAGCCUAUGAACAGAAGAGUGAAGCACCGGUGGAAUCAGAUAUUGCUUCACACAUCCCCGAGACUCGUCCAACUGAUGGCGAGAUUUUCAGCCACUCUGGUACUCCAUUUAUGGGUGACAAUUCGAUGGAACGGUUCUUUGGCAUGCUGGGUGACACGAAGCCUACCCCUCAGGAAAUCAGCCCACCAGUGCCUGUAGAGCCCGUCCCAAAGAAAGAAGUUCCCAGCGGAAAGGCUGGCAAGUCAUCUCGGUUUGCUGGUCUUUUCAGUCCCCUUCCGGAUAGUCCUGUUAGAGCUCCCGAACCACAGCCUGCACAUGUACCACAUGUACCUACACAUGCACCUACACAUGCACCUGCACCAGCACCAGCACCUCAACCUCAAGCUCCUCCACCUGUACCCCAAAGUAGAGGUACACCUGUCAAUCAUGAAGCUGAUCAGGAAGGUUUCCAACGAAUUCUUCAGAUGCUUGGUGGCGGUGGUGGUGCUGGAGGCCGAUCACACAAUGGUACACCUAGCCAAGUUGACUCCCCGCACCAGUCGCGCACUUCCUCAAUGAUGAUGCAAGCUGAGCAGCCCCGUGCUGCAGGAAAUAUGUCAUCACCGGCAUUCUCGCGACACGAAUUUACUAGCCCCCCUGCUCAGGAGAGCCCUAUGGCUCAAUUUGCAGGCAAAGAUCCCCAAUCGCGUGACAGGGAGCAUCUCCUACGCCUCAUGCAGCAGGUCCGGGUUGGUCCUCCAUCCGCUGGGAAUCCUGUCCAGUCCCCCAAUGCAGGACCUCCCCAUCCUCCUGGCCUGAUGCCGGAAAUGAUGACUCGCCCUCCACCUGGACUUGGAGGCCAGAAAACACCCAGCUUUUUGGACGACCCAGCUAUUGCUAAUAUGCAACGGCCCGACAGCGAACAGCUUCGGCGACGAGCACCCAACGGGCCUCCUCCCAUGGGAUAUUUCGAUGAUGUGCCUUUCCCCCAAGGGAACCAGGGCCCCAUGACUCCUGGAGGUUCUCGACAACCUCAAGGACAAAAUCAGCCCCCCAUCCUCCAGCGUCCUCCAGGCCUCGAGCAUCUGCCACCUCCCGGGUGGAAUGGACAACCUCCACCUCCGCACGCCAAUGGCCCAAGUCCUAUGGGCCCACCACCUGGAAUUCCUACUCCAGGCCGUGGAAUGAACCCCGGCUUUCCUCCUGGCAUGAUGCCCAUGCCUGGCAACGUGCCUCCUAUCAACGAGCGACAGGGCUUCCCUCGUGGACCCCCACCCGGCAUGAUGCCCCCCCCUGGAUAUAUGGGAGGACCUCCUCCGCCACCUGGCUUUCCCCCAAUGCCGCACAACCCUGAGGCAAUGAUGGGACUCGGCCCUGGUAGUCAAGGUCCAUUUGGACCCGGGAACCCUGGUCCUCAAGGCCCCCCUCCCUCAUCUCGCCACUUGCUAGAGAUGUUCGGACAGUCUCACGGUGGUGAUAUUCGAGGUGGCAUGGUUGGCCCCGGCCAAUUCCGGUAA